ACCGUGAUAAGUGGCCAUAAGAGAAAUGUAGUUUGUUCUUACAAUUUAUAUAAUAAUGUCAUUAAUCCGGACCCGUCACUGAAAGUGCCACUUCAACAACAUACCAUGUCAGUGGGUUCGUCUCUUCAUCACCGCCGUGUCACUAGUUUUAAACAGAUUUCCUGAUAACUUGUUCAAUUUCGAUUUAUUUUCACAAUGGAUAAUUUGGAAAGUCUCUCGCGAGUGCUGGAAAAUACCAAUUUCAACGAUCCCAGCAGUAGAGUUGCGUUUCCAUGUCCGAAAUCUGUUAUGAAAUAUCUCCACGGAAAUCCAAAUGAUCUAAAUAAGUUAUCAGGUAUUUUAAACUCUAUGAAUUUGCAAAAUAAUAGAUUAUCGAGUACAGAUGGAAAUGGUGAAGGUUUGCCAGAUAGUGAAUCCAGUAUACGAACAAGAAGACAAAGACAGAAAAAAGGACAAAACCAUAAAUUAUUACCAUUUGAUGGUAAAAGAAGUCCAAAUCAACCGUCAGUUUCAUCUUCAACUAAUCAAUCGUAUCUUGAAAAUAUAAAAGCUAAAAAUAGAGAUAAAGAAUAUUUAGAAGCAAUUAUACGUAUUAAUCCUAAAAAUUUUCAUGAAGCAUAUGUUACUUCACCAGACAAAACUAAAGAUAUUUUGAUUUCUGGCAAUAUAGCAAAACGUAGAGCGUUGGAUGGCGAUUUAGUUGUUGUACAAAUAUUAGACAAAUCUGAAUGGAGGAAUCCGGAUACUGAAGAUUGUCAACGAACUGGCAAAGUGUGUGAGGUUAUAAAAAGGAGAGAAAACAUUGUUAUUGUAGGGUUCCUGGUGUCUGAACCAAAAAGCUUUUUUACUAAAGAGUGCCAUUUGUAUUCUAAGGAUCCACGAUUACCUAGAAUUACCGUAUCAAUUCGGGAUUGGAAAGAAAAGAUAUGUUGGAAGCCAGGUACUGGUGUAUCUAGUGUAUCUAAACAAAUUUAUUACGCUACUAUGUCAAGUGAUAUUUGGUACAAAUUCAAGAAUCCUUAUGGGACAUUAAAAGGAGUUUUAGGUGAUUCUGGGGAUAUAAAUGCAGAAACUCGAGGUCUAUUAAUGACACACAAUAUAUCAGAAGAUCCGUACCCAAAAGAUAUAGAACAAUAUUUUCCUCCUCCAUUUACUUUAGAAAAUGAACUUAAGUACAGAAAAGAUUUCAGAAAACAUUGUAUUUUCUCUAUUGAUCCACCUACUGCCAAAGAUUUGGACGAUGCACUUUCUUGCAUAUUGCUACCAGGCGGCACUUAUGAAGUUGGCAUUCACAUAUCAGAUGUGUCUCAUUUCGUUAAGUAUGGUACUCCAUUAGAUAAAAUUGCAGAGAAACUGGCAACAAGUGUUUACUUAGUACAAAGAGUGUAUCAUAUGUUACCUCCGGCUUUAACAAUGAUGGCUUCAUUAUUACCUGGUACCGAUAAACUCGCCGUUUCAGUUAUUUUGGAAAUUACACAAGAUGGUAUUGUGAUUAACCGGACUUUUUACCAGUCCAUAAUACAUUCUUGUGCUCAACUCCAUUAUUCACACGCACAGACAUUCCUGGAAAAUCAGGACAAGAAAAAUUGGGAAGCUUCCGAUUUUCCUACUGUUUAUAAUGGAUUUACAAUUGAUGAUUGUGCUAAGGUUGUAUGUAAUUUGCAUAAACUCGCAGUCGUGUUGCGAAAGAAACGUUUUGACUCUGGUGCUCUAGCUAUUAAUCAGCCCAAGUUAUCAUUUGAAAUUGACAGAGAAACAUGUGAACCAUUGUCAUAUUCGUUAUAUACACUUCAUGAGAGUAAUUGGUUAAUAGAAGAAUUUAUGCUUUUGGCUAAUAUGCUGGUCGCUGAUCAUUUGAGGACAGUUUUCCCAAAAACUGCACUGCUCAGGAAUCAUCAACCGCCUGAUUCAGUUCAAAUAGAAAAAAUUGCAAAAUCCUUGAAAGUUUAUGACAUUAAUAUAGAUUUCACCUCUGCAGGAUCCAUUCAAAAAUCUAAAGCUCUUUAUACUCAAGGAGGAAAACCUGACGAUUUUCUUCGGGACAUUAUUAUCAACAACAUUCUUUCAAAACCAAUGGUUCGUGCCGAGUACUGUGUUAUUGAUCCGGAAAAAAAUAUGUCCCAUUUUGCGUUAAAUGUUAAGUAUUAUACACACUUUACUUCGCCUAUUCGUAGAUAUCCUGACAUAGUAGUACACCGUAUGCUUAUUUCAUGUAUAACAAACAAACCAUUUAAACCGUAUGAAGAUCCAGAGGUCAUCCAUAAGAUAGCUAUUAACAGCAACGACAAAAAAAAUAAUGCGAAAAAAGUAUCGGAAGCUAGUGCAGACAUGUAUGCUGCAUACCUAAUUGGUAAACUUGGAGGUCUUGAAGAAUAUGCAUCUGUGGCGGAAGUCAAAGAAAACUAUUUCGAAGCAAUAGUCCUUUCAAUGAACAUUAACGUUAAAGUUUAUGUGAACAUCAGUCCACUAAAUCGAGAUUUACAACAUAAAUCUAGUAAAUACACUUUAGUUGAAAAAAAACCUACAUUAACAAUUUUUUGGGAUGAUGAAAACAAUAUCAAACAGACAUUACAGGUCUUCACCAAAGUAAAAUUGAAGCUGACGAAAAUAGAAAGCGAUUUACAGCUGAGAGCUGUUUUAAUUCAAAACAAUUAAGACUUUUUUUCUUAAACUGUGAUUUGACGUCUAGUUUUAAUUGUAUAAAUAUUAAU